GAGUUUCAGCGCGAGCCAUUAUCCACCGAAUGACGAUACACAACAACUCCCAACUGCCAAAAGGAUUGUCCAUACAAAGCGGCCAAGAACACCCUGAAUGAAAUAAUGAACUAACUAUGAAUCACAUGAACACAAUCCCCUGGUCAUUAGGCGAGGAUGGUGCGCCUGCGACACCCCAGCCAGCGGUCUGGUGGCUACAAAAUGAGCUACAGAACAGAGAAAUGUACAUCAUGGAGCUAAGAAAGAAGAAUUACCUAUUGGAAGAAGAAAGACAGGGUAACCAUGCGAAAAUUUCUACGCUUGAAGCAAGUGUCAAUUUGUUGCGACACAGAAACAAACAAGAACAUGAAGAAGUGAGGCGACAGGUCACAGCAAUAGAGGAACUAACUGUUAAACUAAAAGACCUCCAGAAACAGAAUCAGGUUAAAGAAGAAGAAAUUGGACAAUUAAAAAAGGAAGUUGUGGGAAGCAAGGAGCAUGCUGACACGCUAGCAAAUGUCGUCGAGAAAUACGAGAAUGAAGUUACUGUUCUUCAAGAGAAGAUUAAAGAGUUUGACUUCAAAACAAACGAGAUAAAACGUGACGCUGACGAGAGAAUCGCUAAGGAAGUUAAGAUGCGCAAAAAGCACAUGGAGACCAUCACAAGCUUGCAGAAAGCAUGCCAAACAUACAACACAAAGCUUCGCGAACAAGAAAACGAAAAGCAGGCUAAUUCGAGGACUAUCGAAAGGCAACUUGGUCAAAUAAGAAAUCUUGAAGUGAAACAAAAGCAGGCUGCAGACAAUUUUGACCAAGAAAAGAAAACUCAGCAAAAGCUAAUAAAAGAAAAGACCGCCAUGAUCGAGGGUUUGCAGGCCUCCGUCUUAUCGCUUGAAAACCAGAACAAAGGUUUGGAAGAGAGACAUGGCAAGAUUUUAGCGCAAAUGAGAAAAGAGCUAACCGACUUGGAGCAGAAAUUUAACACAGAGAAACAAAACAAGCUACAAGUGUUAGAGGAAAAAGAACAAGAGAUGGAUGCCCUAAAGCAAAAACUUGCGGAGCAGAUUGCGAACAAAAAUGAUUUGCUGGCGGUCUACCAACAGUGCAAAAAGGAUCUCGAGCAAGAAAGAGAACAGCUUAUUCAACUCUUCAAGCGCGCAAACCAAGAAAGCGCGCUGCUAUUGAAGCGUAAAGUGGGUGACUACUUACAACCGCUCUACACAUUGAAUCAAGAUGUUCGACAGUCCACUUGAGCGGCGUCAGCGGUUACUUCGUACUUAUGUGUGGCAUGUUUCAAGUAAAUCUGUGAUUCAAUAAAACAAGUAAAAAUGUA